AGCGGAAGUGGCUUCGGCCCGGGCGGAAGCAGGAAGUGGCGAGCAGGGCGACCCCUGAGACCCUCCGGGCGGCGGCAGAGCUGGGCGGGCGCCGGGCAGAUGGCGGAGAAGUUUGACCACCUGGAGGAGCACCUGGAGAAGUUCGUGGAGAACAUCCGGCAGCUCGGCAUCAUCGUCAGCGACUUCCAGCCCAGCAGCCAGACCGGGCUCAACCAGAAGCUGAAUUUCAUCGUUACCGGCUUACAGGAUAUUGAUAAGUGCAGGCAGCAGCUUCAUGACAUUACUGUUCCUUUGGAAGUCUUUGAGUACAUCGAUCAAGGUCGGAACCCACAGCUCUACACCAAGGAGUGUCUGGAGAGGGCUCUAGCCAAAAAUGAGCAAGUGAAAGGCAAGAUCGACACGAUGAAGAAAUUUAAAAGCCUGUUGAUUCAAGAGCUUUCCAAAGUAUUUCCGGAAGACAUGGCUAAGUACCGGAGCAUCCGGGGGGAGGACCACCCGCCAUCCUGUGUGUGACACCCCAGGUCAGCGUGAAUUCCCAGGACUGUUGGCGUCCAUCCUCCUUCCCGACGUGGACUGGGCUAUCCCCACCCCCACUGAUCGUGUGACCUUGGGAUGGCUGAGCUGGAGAGGCCUAAGCUGUGGGCUGCUGUCCUGGAGCCCUCAGCCUGGAGGUCCUGGUCCUCAGAGACAGCACAGGACACAGCCUUGGAAAUAGUCCAUAUGCUCGAUAAAUUGAAAAUUUAAAAAUGCCAUUUGAAUUUUUUAUGUAUUCUUUCUGUCCUGUUCUACUGUGGCAUCAGAAAGCUAAAAAAAAUGUUUUUGUAUUUUACAUUUUCAAGUGCAGUGCAUAAGACUAUGCAACUGUUCAUAAUUUCAAUUAGACAUGUGGAUAGUAAAGUCUUUUUUACCUAUU